AGCAGCAGCAGCAGAUCUCAUAGCGGUGGUGAACAGGCAGGGAGCAGAGCCUAGGGAAGGAGGACGUAUGUCGAAUCGCCAAGGUGCCUGGAAAAUUGAAGGAAACGCUGCAAGGGACAGCUUUUAGAUAUUUCGGGGCUUGCCAAUUAGGGCUCCGUUCAGGGUCGAUUACAUCGGUUUUUCAUUCACUGUGAAAUAGAGCCUGUUAUUUAUCCCACAAGAUGGGCAAUCGGGGAAUGGAUGACUUGAUUCCUCUGGUAAACAGACUGCAGGACGCCUUCUCUGCCAUCGGACAAAAUGCCAACCUGGACCUUCCUCAGAUCGCAGUGGUCGGCGGCCAAAGUGCUGGGAAAAGCUCGGUUUUGGAGAACUUCGUUGGGAAGGAUUUUCUGCCUCGUGGCUCUGGUAUUGUCACUCGGCGCCCCCUAGUGCUGCAGCUCAUCAACUGCCCUACUGAAUAUGCUGAGUUUUUGCAUUGCAAAGGGAAGAAGUUUACAGAUUUUGAUGAGGUUCGUCAGGAAAUUGAGGCAGAGACAGAUCGCAUCACUGGCCAAAACAAAGGCAUUUCACCGGUCCCUAUCAAUCUGCGCGUCUAUUCGCCUCAUGUUUUGAAUCUCACCCUUGUGGACUUGCCUGGUAUGACCAAAGUGCCAGUAGGCGACCAGCCGCAUGACAUUGAGUUUCAGAUCAGGGAUAUGCUAAUGCAGUUUGUGACUAAGGAGAACUGCUUGUUGCUGGCUGUGUCUCCGGCCAACUCUGACCUGGCCAAUUCAGAUGCCCUCAAGAUUGCCAAGGAGGUGGACCCUCAGGGUUUGAGAACUAUAGGUGUGAUCACUAAAUUGGAUCUAAUGGAUGAAGGAACCGAUGCACGUGACAUCCUGGAGAACAAGCUUCUUCCUUUACGUAGAGGCUACAUUGGGGUUGUGAACCGCAGUCAGAAGGACAUUGAUGGCAAGAAGGACAUCACUGUUGCAAUAGCAGCGGAGAGGAAGUUCUUCCUCACCCACCCAGCCUACCGUCACCUGGCCGAUCGCAUGGGGACUCCGUACCUGCAGAAAGUUCUUAACCAGCAAUUAACUAACCACAUCCGAGACACUCUGCCAGGACUGAGGAACAAACUUCAGAGCCAGCUACUGUCCAUUGAGAAAGAGGUGGAGGAGUACAAGCACUUCCGCCCUGAUGAUCCUUCUCGCAAAACCAAGGCUCUGCUACAGAUGGUGCAGCAGUUUGCAGUGGAUUUUGAGAAAUGCAUCGAGGGUUCAGGAGAUCAGGUGGACACAGUGGAGCUGUCUGGAGGUGCGAGGAUCAAUCGCAUCUUUCAUGAGCGCUUCCCCUUUGAGCUGGUUAAGAUGGAGUUUGAUGAGAAAGAGCUGCGUAAGGAGAUCAGUUACGCCAUCAAGAACAUCCACGGUAUCAGAACCGGUCUGUUUACUCCAGACAUGGCCUUCGAGACUAUUGUUAAACGGCAGAUUGCAAAGAUCAAAGAGCCAUGUCAGAAAUGUGUGGACCUUGUCAUCACUGAGCUGGUCAAUACAGUCAGGCAGUGCACCAAGAAGCUGGCUCAGUACCCCAUGCUUAGAGAGGAAAUGGAGAGGAUUGUCACCCAGCACAUCCGAGAUCGAGAGAGUCGCACCAAGAAUCAGGUCAUGUUGCUAAUUGACAUCGAGUUAGCAUACAUGAACACCAAUCAUGAGGAUUUCAUCGGUUUUGCAAAUGCCCAGCAGAGAAGCAGUCAGAUGAAUAAGAAGAAGGCUGCUGGCAAUCAGGUGAUCAGAAAGGGUUGGCUGACCAUCAAUAAUAUUGGCAUCAUGAAAGGAGGAGCCAAGGAAUACUGGUUUGUCCUGACCGCUGAGAAUCUGUCCUGGUACAAAGAUGAUGAGGAGAAAGAGAAGAAGUACAUGCUGCCAUUGGACAACCUGAAGCUCAGAGAUAUAGAGAAGAGUUUCAUGUCCAGCAAGCACGUGUUUGCUCUCUUUAACACCGAACAAAGGAACGUGUAUAAAGACUACAGGCAGCUUGAGUUGGCUUGCGACACUCAGGAGGAAGUGGACAGCUGGAAGGCAUCCUUCCUACGAGCUGGAGUUUACCCAGAGCGCAUCACUGAUAAAGAGAAGAGUGAUGCUAGUGAGGAGAACGGCUCAGAUGGCUUCACGCACUCCAUGGAUCCUCAGCUUGAGAGGCAGGUGGAGACCAUCAGGAACCUUGUGGAUUCCUACAUGGCCAUUGUCAACAAGACUGUGCGGGACCUCAUGCCCAAGACAAUCAUGCAUCUCAUGAUCAACAACACUAAGGAAUUCAUCCAUGCUGAGUUGCUGGCUAACUUGUACUCAUGUGGAGACCAGAACUCUCUGAUGGAGGAGUCAGCAGAUCAGGCUCAGCACAGGGAGGAGAUGCUGCGCAUGUACCACGCUCUGAAAGAGGCCCUCAACAUCAUCGGGGACAUCAGCACCACCACAGUCUCCACUGCCAUGCCCCCGCCGGUGGAUGACUCCUGGCUGCAGGUACAAGGAGGACCUUCAGGGCGCAGAUCUCCAAUGUCUAGUCCCACUCCCCAGCGUCGGGCCCCACCCGGGCCCCCUCGUCCAGGUGGACGCACCGUCCCAGGACCCCCUACUGCUGGAGCACCUCCUGUGCCAUCCAGACCUGGAGCCUCUCCUGACCCCUUCGGCGGCCCCCCGCCCCAGGUCCCCUCUCGUCCCAACCGCGCCCCACCAGGUGUCCCAAGUCGGAGAGCGCCAGCCUCCCCCACCAGAUCCAACAGAGACUCGCUCACUGAGCAUUAACACUGGUGAUCAGCAGACAGAGGAAAACACUGACCCCUCUGCCACUGUAUCACAUGCAUGCACACAAGCACAGUCCACAAACAUAUCACAUGUUUACUUGAAAGAGUAUUUACUCUUACACAAUAUACACCAGGAAUAUUAUAAAUUGGUCUAAUAACUGUAUACCAUUCACAUGAGCGCAGAUGUGAUGCCAUUGUAUUCCAUUACCAGCAUAUACAGUAUCCUGUAUUUAGGAAUGAAGAACACUAGUUAUAAAACGCACAGGGAUUGUCCAUGUUCCAGCCUAUUUCACAGUUUGCUUCAACAUUUAUGCACAUGGAUGCUAGAUGACACUGGCAUGUUUUUGACUUUAUUAGCAACAACUAAGCCUUAACCAGCAUUUGACCAGUUCUUAACCCCUGAAUAAAAGUGACCUGCAAAAAAAAAAAAACAUGUUACUUGUCCUACUGCUUCAUUAAAUUCUAUGUUGCAGUCAUAUUUCUUAACAAUGAACAAGUUUCAUCUUACUCUUCAGGAUUUUUAUAUUGCCUUAUAUAAAACGGUUUGGAUUUUUAUUUUAUUUUAUUGUUUAAUAAUAAGCACGUUUUAACAAGUUUUUGAGAUUCUCUGAUUUAAUAUAGUCCCUAUUAAUGUCUGAAUGUUAUAUUGCACCUUUCUGAUAUUGAUUUACAUUAAAAGCGUUAACAGUAAAUCAUACAAAAAAAUGUAAGCAUAUUCAGAACUGGAUUAAAUUUUUAAAAAAAUGCUGGAGCAUAAUUAUGUUUCUCGAUAAUGAUUCUCACACGUGCAUUAUUCCGCAGAUGGAAAAAAUAUAGACUAAUGUUCUCACAGCUGGAGCUGUUAAAUUCUAUGUAAAAAAAGAGAAAGAAAUAUUAUAUAUUUUUCACAUUUGUCAUCACCAUUACAUUCACAAGUGCUAAAGUUAACUUAAGUGAACAAAAACAAGCCAUCAUACCCACUUGACAUUGACAACCCCAUUCUUUCUACUAUCCAUGCUGUCAUUUCCCAAGCUUUUUUCCGUUUUUUUUUGUUUUAUUUGUUGUUCUUUUUUGUCUUUUAGCCGUCCAAACAAAGGAAGCCCUUCUCACAGUGAGAAUCCACAUCCUUCAUUUGACUCUUAGAGCCAAUAGUCCUUCCUCCUCAUCCUCCUCCUCUCUUUCUGUCUCUCCACUGCCUCUCUUUCUCUGUGCUUUUCCUCUGACCAAGUGCAUCCUGGGAUUGCUGAAUGCCGAACGUUACUGCAGCAGCAAGUACGGAUAAAGUGGCUGAAAGAAAAGUCAGAAAGAUAAAUGAAGAAUGCGGGAAAGCUCAUUCCCUCUGUCUGUAAUAUAUACACUAAUCACAUUGUAAUGGGCAUCUGAAUACUACGCCCAGUGUGGACUUGUCAACAUACAAAGUCACUGCCAUGUUAAUUAUACUGAAGAUGCUGUGUGGUGUUUGUGUUUACACACUAGUCAAUGUCGACUUGAUCUAUAUAGAGGUGUCACACGAGCUAAAGGUGUAAGCUUACAUUCCUGUCUGCACGCCAGUAUACAGAAUAGCGGAUACACAAAAUAAACUUCACGAUUUUUGCACUUGUUAUGUGGUACUGUGUGUGAAUGUAUUCUUCCUGAAAAUUUGAACGUUAUUUGAUCCCACAGUGUUUGUUUUUGUUAUAUGUCUCUUGUAUUUUCCCUAGCAAACUAAUAUGUCCUGUCUGAUUGAAAUGUACAUAUAUUAGAAUAUA